UGUUCGGGCUGCGCGCCUCCUUCCCCGUAUGCCGCGUAAACAUUUACGUGAACUUCGGAAAGUUUCAAAUCACGACGAAUUCUUUUAAAACUUUAGUGAAAGUGAUUCGUCGUUAGUAAACUCGAUUAAUUGUAAUAUUAAAACGUAAAAUUGAACGUUUUAAUCAGCGAGUGUCAUUUGUUUAGAAUACGCGCUCGUUUCAAGCGGUCAUCAAUUCGCAGAAAUCUGGGUGCAGCGCUUCUCUACUGCUUCAGGGCGAACGGGUGGGUGGUACGGUGGCGGCGGUGGCGUACAUGCGCGCGCGCGACUAAGCGCUCGCCGACCCCCGAGAAUGCGCGCGCGGCUGCGGGCAGUGCGUCUGCGCAGCGCCGCUCGACCGCGCGCACCAUGCUCAACAUGAAGCUAAAGGAGCGCCUCGCGCUAGCCCUCAGCGCCUUCCUCGUCCUCUUCACACUGAUGCUCGUAGUCGACCUACAGAUGGACUAUGGCAUAUCCGGCCACAGAAUCCCCUUGCACGGGAGGGUCAAAAUUGGGGACGACACGGACAAAGGACGGUCCGCGUAUAUUGAAUUUCGGAAACGAUUCCUUCAGAAAAGCAAUGGCAGCAAUAGCUCAAAGGAAUACGAGCAGUCGGCACCGAGUGAAACCAGCGGUGGUGACGCCGAACCCAGAACACCGUCAACACCUACAGAUCGUUUCGAGGACUUACAAAGGAUACUGGUACUUCAGUUGCAAGGAAAAGCCGAUGAAAAUCCUGUUGUAGUGCCUCCGCAUCGAGAUUUAAAUGUCUUGCGACCGGAAAACCCUACAAUAGGAGAAAUGGAGGAUUUGGAACCAAGUGUAAAUGCAUCGAAUCUAGAAAAAUUCCAGCUGAAAAUAGCUCAACAUGAGCUGUAUGAAGAUGAAGAACCUCUAGUCGAAGCUAUACUACAUGACAUGGCCACUGCACCUAUAUUACAUGCGGAACAGAAAGAAGGAGGUACUCAACUAAAGCUUAUUAUCGACUACCCCAACGGUGUUCAAGCCUUGUUUAAACCAAUGAGAUUUGCGAGGGAUGUACAAACAUUGCCGAACCACUUCUAUUUUUCGGAUUACGAGCGGCAUAAUGCUGAAAUUGCAGCGUUUCAUCUCGACAGGAUACUGGGCUUCCGUCGAGCGAUGCCGGUCGUGGGCCGAGUCGUGAACAUGACUACCGAGAUCUAUGAUGUUACCGAGGGCGACAUCUUGAAGACGUUCUUCGUGUCGCCGGCGAACAAUUUUUGCUUCCACGGCAAAUGCUCCUACUAUUGCGACACGGGACACGCGAUUUGUGGCAACCCUGAUAUGCUGGAAGGAAGCUUUGCUGCUUUUUUGCCGACCGCUGAUUUGGCUGAGCGAAAGGUCUGGAGACAUCCUUGGAGAAGAUCUUAUCAUAAAAGAAGAAAAGCUCAGUGGGAGCUACAAUCUGAUUACUGUGACACGGUACGUUCUACUCCUCCAUAUGACUCAGGUCGUCGCUUGCUGGACCUGAUGGACAUGUCCAUAUUCGAUUUCCUCACUGGAAACAUGGACAGACAUCACUACGAGACGUUCAAAAUGUUUGGGAACGAUACAUUCACGCUACAUUUGGAUCAAGGGCGUGCUUUCGGGAAAGCCUUCCACGAUGAGUUGAGCAUCCUUGCGCCGUUGCUGCAGUGCUGUGUUGUCAGGCAUACUACACUUGCCGUAUUAUUAAAAUUCCACAAUGGCGUACCACUUUCAAAAGUUCUUCAUGAAUCAUUGAAACAUGAUCCCGUAGCGCCUAUUCUCUGGGAGCCUCAUCUCACAGCAAUAGACAGACGGAUAGUAACAGUGUUAGACGCCAUAAGAAAAUGUAUAGAAAAAUCGGACAACCCAUUGCAAAACGAAGUGAGUGACUUUGUAUGACCAUAGCAAAAGUUAGCAAAUCGUGAUGGAACUUUUCAGGAUCGAUGAAGAUCGUGAUAACAAUGUGAUAUGCAGUGUUAUAGGGUGUCCUGCUAUAAGGGAAGGUGCAAUGCCUAACAAUGACUUACUAGUCCAACUCUCUUGUAUUCCUGCCUUAGAUAAGAGAGAUGUCAAUGCAACGGUUGCAAGUCUUUGGUUCAGAAAGACUAUUAGAAUUAAGAUUUUGUGCCAAAGAUUGUCCAAAUGAAAUCUUGAAAUGUAUUCAGCAUAAUUAUAACCAUUCCACUGAAUUAUAAGGGAGCCAUGAUGUAUGCCAAAAAAUUGAAAAAAAAAAUGUUUGUACAAAUCAGUUUGACCGUCAAUAAAUUGGGUUUUAAGUGUGUGUUUUUAUUCAUAAGUUAGUUUUAAUUUGUGCUGUGUAUAUUUUGAAAGUCUCGUACCUAUAGUUAUCAGCUUUGGCAUGUUUCAGCACCGUGAGAAGUGUAUGUUUCUAAAUUCAUAUUAUCUGUAGCUUAUGUGCGUUGUCUUUGUUUUCUUUUAUGUCACAGCUGGAUUGUGGACUUAUAUUCGAAUCACGCGCACUAUCUGUGUCAAUAGAAAUUUCACUCUUGGUGCUUGUCACAAAACUAUUAUCACUUCCAAUAAGCUGCAUGCAGCUUUAGCAUUUUCUCAGCCAAAGUUUAAAUUGAAACUCUUAUAAAUAAAGUUUUAAGACUUUUUUUACAACACCUUAGUUAUUCAACAAGGUCUUUAUAGUAACUCGCAUCUUCUUUAUCUAUCAUUUCAGUGAUAUUAUUAUCUUAUUAGUACUAACAUCGCUGAAGAUAAAAUUAUUUGCAGACUAUAGCUAAUAAUAAUCAUUUAAAUAUAUCAGUGUUUUAAUAACUUCCGCUGAAAUAUUCACGUUAAUAAAGUUAAUAGUUAACAUUACAAUUUUUUUUUUUUCAAAAUAGAUAUUGUAAUAUUUUUACCUUGGGUAAAUGCUAAAAAUGCAUUGACAAUUUAGGACUGAUAAUUUUCUAUAGAAAGUGCAAACGAAUGUGUACAUAAUUAGUAAAAUGCAAUUAUAUUUAGUUUUAAUAUUUAAGUUUAAGGCGCAAUCCGUUUUUCGUUGUGAAUCUGUUACCAUAGCUCGAAGCUCAAGAAGACACAUAUCAUAUAGAUGAGCAGUAAUAACUGCAAGUGAUAUUUAUAUGUAAAAACCUUCAUUAUCCUCGUCUAUUGAUUUAAUUUUAUUAGUUUUAACAUUAAUGCAAUCAUUUUUGUUCGUGUUUCUGGGGUUUUUACUUUUUUUUUUUGUAUGUAUAUAGAAUAUCUUUUCUAUUUUCGUAUACACUCUUUAAGUAUAAGUUAAAAAAUGAAGUUUCUCGAAUCUGAUCUCAGAAAGAAUCGCGUACCUAUCAUUUUUGAAUUAUUUAUUACAGAUCUUUUAUUUCAUAUAAAAAUACCUGUUCAUAUUUAUAUACCUAGUUAAUCUUUAUCCUUGUAAACCUACAAUUUAAAUAACUUUGGUAAUAUUUACUUAAACUUUUGUUUUUAAUGUGUUAAGCGUAGUUUCGGCUGGGCUAGGGCUGGGCAGUAGAACUGAGGCUUAUGUAUUGCAACAUUCGAGAAUAGAUUACCUACUUGCCAAAGAUGUACCUUGAUUGAUUGUGUUAAAAAUGUUGUGUAGGAUAAUUUGACGCUACUGUAACGCGUGUUUCUGUUGAUUGUUAAUAAACUAUGAGAAAUUGAG